AUGGAUGUGUACGACAAUAACACCUUUAAUGGGAAUGACGAUUUUCCCCGAAAGAUCCUGUCCCAGCUGCUAGGCUCAAAUGGCCCCGUCCACGCAGUAACCUACUCUGCCUCACCAGGGACUUACAUUCUCACCGGAUCUGCCGACCGGUCCAUCCGUCUCUACAACCCCAUCCCAGCCUCCCCCUCGUCUUCAACCACCACCACCACCACCUUAUCAACCUCCUUCAUCACAAAACCUUCCCAGGCCCCCUCAACCACACCCCCACAAGGCCGCCUGAUCCAAACCUACACCUCCCACGGCUACGAAGUCCUCUCCCUCUCCGUUUCCUCCUCCAACGCCACCUUUGCGUCCUCAGGCGGCGACCGCGCCGUCUUCCUCUGGGACGUUUCGACAGCCACCACCAUCCGCCGCUUUUCCAACCAGGGCCACACCACGGGGCGCAUCAACUCGGUCAUUUUCGCUGGCGUCGAUGAUUCCUUGCUGAUUUCGGGAGGCCACGACACGACGGUGCGGAUAUGGGAUGUGCGCUCGCAGAGUUCAAGUAGACCCGUGCAGGUGCUGGGGGACGCCAAGGAUGGGAUUACGAGUCUUGCUGUUUCUCCCGGAGGAGCGGAGGUACUGGCGGGGAGUGUGGAUGGACGGGUGAGGACGUAUGAUGUGCGGAUGGGACGGUUGGUGACGGACGUUUUCCCGGGAGCGGUGACGAGCCUGUGUCUGGCGAGAGAUGGGAAGACGGUUCUAGUGGGGAGUUUGGAUAGUAAGAUCCGGUUGAUGGACAGGAGCAAUGGGCAGUGUUUGAGGACGUAUGGCGGCGAUGGAAAUGCGAACGGGGACGCAGCUGGGGGGUGGACGAAUAAGGAGAUUAGGGUGCAGAGCGUGCUGGGAGGCGGGGAGAGAUGGGUUGUUGCUGGUGAUGAGAAUGGAGCGGAGAACUCGAACGGAGAGGGACGAGUGUGGGCUUGGGAUCUCUUGACCGGCAAGCUUGUGGCUAAGCUUGGGGUUCCGUGGGGGCCGGGUGGUGGGAAGGUUGUGGUGGGAAGGGAUGGGAAGGAAAAGGAGAGGAAGAAUGUGGUCAGUUGUGUUGCGUGGAAGGACGGUGGGUUUGGGAACCAGUUUUGUGUCGGCGGUACAUCGGGGGUUGUGACAGUGUAUGGAGAAGCGUGAUCAUCAGUGCUAGUCUUGAAUGCAUCGAAGAAAAUGGAUCGAUAUCUGAGA